CACCUGCCGUCAUAAGAGGCGGACGCAUCGCGUGCUUUGUGUUCAAUCUGUGUUGUGUAUGAUAUUUUGAGGUCUCGAUUCUUAUAUAUACGUUAAAAAAAAUAAAGAGUUAUGAUUUAUAUAGAUAUAUAAAACUUAAAAAUCAAGGCCUCAAAUUAUAAUAGAAAAAAUCAUUAGAUAGAUUAUAAUGUGUUGAAAUCUGUAAAAGUGAAAAGAUGUGUAGCAAGGACCAAAUAAAUCACAUACUGGGAAAGAUAAAUGUGGGUCUACCGUCGUGGUCUCGAGGUCUGGAGGCGGCGGAGGCGGCCCGCGUGCGGCUCUUCCGCUGGGCGUGCGGCGAAGCCAACGACGAGCCGCCGCGGAAGAAGAUGCCGCACGCUCUCAGGAGAAGGUGGCCCAUGUGCCCUUGUCUACAGAAUGACGAACCUCCAGAGAUCACGUACUGCGUCGUCGGUGGCGAGGGAGGUUUGGCACUACAGGCUGUCACCCCCACACACCCCAUGCCACCCCAGGACGAGCUAGACGCCAAGUUUGCUGAACUAGUGGAGGAGCUUGACCUGACAGCCGUCAACAAAGCAGCUAUGAUGGAACUACCAGCAGCCAAGAAGUGGCAGAUCUAUUGCAGCAGAAGACCACCGCCAGGUCAAGCGCCACCACUAGCGACGGCGCCGCAAGUAGAAGAAUACAUCAAGGCCCUGAAUGAAAUUUCAGACGCGUUCGCGUCAUCAGAGAAUGCUCCUCCCAGUGAAGCUACCGGUCUAGUAGAUGGUUUGAAGACUGCUCUCAGGACGCGGGCCCACAGCUUCGUCCUUCGUUUCAUCAAGCAGGGAGGUCUUGCUGCCUUGCUAGAGGCUCUACAGAGAGCUCCUAGAGACGACGCUAUCACACGACACAACCUCAUAGCCGGCAUUAAGGCGCUCAUGAACAAUUCCACCGGUCGAGCUCAUGUGCUGGCUCAUCCUACGAGUAUAGAUCUGAUAGCGCAGUCUAUGGACACCGAGAACGUUAAGACUAAAGUGGCAGCCCUGGAAAUAUUGGGAGCUGUCUGUCUAGUACCAGGCGGUCAUAAGAAGGUCCUAGAAGCGAUGAUACAUUACCAGAAAUACGCUGGCGAGCGUGCCAGGUUCCAGGGAAUAGUCAACGAAUUGGAUAGAAGUACGGGCGCGUAUCGAGAUGACCUCGGCCUCAAGACGGCUAUCAUGUCGUUCGUGAACGCUGUACUGAAUUAUGGGCCGGGAGAAGAAAGUCUUGAAUUCAGACUGCAUCUGAGAUAUGAACUGCUGAUGUUGGGCAUACAACCUGUCAUCGAGAAACUGCGGAAAUACGAGAACGAGACCCUCGACCGUCACAUCGAAUUCUUCGAGCUGGUCCGUUGUGAGGAUGAAAGGGAACUGGGGAGACGAUACGAACACACACACGUCGACACUAAGAGCGCCGCCGCCAUGUUCGAGCUGCUGAGGAGGAAGCUCAGCCAUACAGCUGCAUAUGGACACCUGCUGUCACUGCUGCAACAUCUGCUACUUCUGCCAUUGGAGUAUAACCCUCACUCGCAGCACUGGCUACUGCUGGAUCGGGUGGUGCAGCAGAUAGUGCUACAGGCGCCUGGAAGGGACGGCUCUGAUAGCAAGGUGUACAACCCGGAUGUAGCUCCACUGGAGAUAAAUGUUGGAGAGAUCGUACAACUCCUGGCGAAGGAAGAGGAACUGGUAGCGGCGAGGAAUAAAGCUGACAACUUGGAAAGAGAAAACGUUGAUCUCGCCACUGAGUUGGCCAAGAAGGAGAAGCAAGUCGAUCAACACACACAAGAGAAGGAGGAGUUGGAGGGAGUUGUGUCGCGGCUCAAGGAGAGGUUGGAGAGAGAGACGGCGGCUCAUAUGGAGUGUACGGAGAGAGCUAGGGCCUCCGCCUGUAGAGCACACCAGCUGGAACAACAGUUGAACCAAGAGCGGGCCGAACGAGUUAGAUUCGAGAAACUAGUUAGCGAAGGCAGUAUUCCUGAUGAUGCGAAGGUGAGCAACCUUAAGAGCGCCGUCAUAGAGACGUGUUCCGCUCCCCCUCCGCCACCGCCGCCGUCGCUGUGCCCGCCUCCCCCUCCCGCCGCCUGCCCCCCUCCAGCCCCGGCCGGACCCCCUCCCGCGCCAGCUCCCCCCCGCCCCAAGAAGAACGUCCCCACGCCCGGGAACCCGCUCAAGAGCUUCAAUUGGAGCAAGCUGCCCGACGCCAAACUACACGGCACCAUCUGGCAGGAGUUGGACGACACCAAGCUAUACAACGCCAUGGACCUGAACGCCAUCGACAAAAUGUUCUGCGCCUACCAGAAGAACGGAGUACAGAACGAGGGUUCAGUGGAAGACCUGCGCCAGCUGGGGUCCAAGCCGCGCUCCAAGAUACUAUCAGUGAUCGACGGACGGAGAGCUCAGAACUGCACCAUACUGCUGUCCAAACUCAAGAUGACGGAUGAAGAGAUUUGUCGCGCUAUCCUCCGUAUGGACAGCGGGGAACAGCUGCCCCUGGAUAUGCUGGAGCAGUUGCUGAAGUUCACCCCCAGCGCGGAGGAGGCCGCCCUCCUCGAGGAACACCAGGACGAACUCGACUCCAUGGCCAGGGCUGAUCGAUUCCUAUACGAGAUCUCCAAGAUUCCCCAUUAUUCUCAGCGGGUGAGGACUCUUCUGUUCAAGAAGAAGUUUUCGCUCGCAGUGUCUGAAGCUUCCUCUCGAGCCUCCGUAGUACUGAGAGCUGCGAGGGACAUGACACGCUCUAGAAGACUAAGAGCUUUGUUGGAAAUUGUACUGGCGCUUGGCAACUACAUGAACCGAGGUGCUCGCGGCAACGCUUCCGGUUUCCGUCUGACGUCACUCAACAAGCUAGCCGACACCAAGUCCAGUGUGACAAGGAACACGACACUACUUCAUUACCUGGUCGAGAUGUUGGAGACUCAGUUCAAGGACGUUCUUCUCCUGGAGGAAGACCUUCCUCACGUCCGCGCCGCUGCUAAAGUAUGCGUGGACCAGCUCGAGAAGGACGUGGGCUCUUUGAGGACCGGUCUUCGGGAGGUUUCAAGGGAAUUGGACUACCACGCCUCCCUGCUCUCCUCGCAACCCCAUGACGCCUUCGUCCCCGUCAUGAGAGAAUUCCACGCUCAUGCUGUGUGCUCCUUCACACAGCUCGAGGAUCUCUUCCAGGAUAUGAAGAGUCGUCUGGAGGCUUGCGCGCACGCGUUCGGUGAGGAGCCCAGCACGUCUCCGGAACAGCUGUUCGGAGCAUUGGACUCCUUCCUCACACAGCUGGCGGAGGCGAGAGCCGAGUGUGACGCGGCCAGGAGGAGGAGGGACGAGGAGGAGAGGAGGACCAGGCACGAGCAGGAGCUCAAAAAACGGACGAUGGAAAGGAAACAGGGCUCCAGUUUACUGGGGUCGGUCGGGAAGUCGCUCGGGAAGACCAACGGGGACUGCAACGGACAUGACGCGUCCAGAGACGGAACCUUGACCAACGGACAGAAAGGAGAGUUCGAUGACCUCAUAUCCGCCCUGAGGACGGGGGACGUGUUCGGAGAUGACGUAGCGAAGUUCAAGAGGUCCAGGAAAGCCAAGGCCAGGGGCAGAGACUCACCGCCUCGACCAGUCUGCCGAGAAGACUCCAGGGAGAGGCAGAAGAAUUGAUGCUAUAACACUACUUUAUAUUAUAUUGAUUAAUGUGAUAACCCACAGAUGCCACAAUAUUUGAUUUCUUUAUAUUGUACGUAGCGUUGGUUCAUUGAAAGCGUUCCGUCAAACAUCUGAGGCUUCAGCGUCUUCCAUGGACGACAUUAUGACUCAUUGUUAAUAGGUAUAAUUUAUUGCUUGUAUAUAAAGCUCAAGUUAUAAUGGUGAUGUAAAGAAAUCUUAUAUUGCAAUGUGAUGCCAAUGACCUAGGUGACUUUAUUUGACUUAUAUGUUCAUAUCACCGAUUUUUCAUUUGGACGUUUUUGUAUCUACGCCACAGAAAGCUAGUCGACUCUCGUCGGUUGUAAGACGUCGUUUUCGAAAUGAAACGAGUAAUUUUUUAACAAAAUGUCAUUGACCCCGAACAUGUGAAUGUACGUAAGACUGUUUUUAAUAAUUUUUUUUGGACUGGUUUUAUGAUGGACUAAUAAAGCCUAUACAACACGUUUUAAAUAUUGAUUGUGAUAGAUAUAUUGUAUCGUAUAAUUGUAAUGGCUAUAAAUACAUGAAUAUAAUAAAGAUUACCAGGAUGUUAACGCAGAAAAAUAAUACGAACUCUAAUUAACAAAACAACAUAUAAAAUGUUGCCAUACGUCAAAAGUGUAUUAGAAAAAAAACAAAUGUUACCUGUGAAUUAAUAUCAGAAACGAGCUCUUAUAUAAAUUGGAAUUGUUUGAAAUCGCGUGUAUUUAGAUUAGGAAUUGAUUUUCGCCUAAUGUUCGGAAAUAUUUUAAAAUAUAACCGCCAUAUUGGAAAUGACGUUUGGAUAUAUUUACAUUUUGUAAUUUUACAUCGUCGUAGGAUCUGAGGGGGCGAGCUGAGUGUAUGUAGUCCUGUAUGAUUUGUGUAAAUAUAAUUUUACUAUGUAAUCUGUUACCGCAAUGAGAUGGAUUUUUUUUUAUUGAUAAUUUAUUCUGAGUAUCUAUAGACGUUUGUGACGUAUAAAUUUUAUAGUUUCGUUCAGUAUUGCUUAAAGAGUAUAGUAUAAUGAAUAUCAUACCUUGAAUAGAUAUUUAAAAUAAACCAUAUUGAAAUACAA